AUGCCGACGUCCGUCGUGUCGUACCGGUCGCCGUUCGACGGGGACGUGGACCCUGGUUUGCCGCCGUGGAAGCGGGACCUGAUCCUUCGACGCCGUGCCAUGUCCCGCACACUGGGCACUCCGUUGACCGGCACCCUGGACGUGGCUUCGAUCCUUGCCAUGAGUCGCAGUAGUUCAGGAGGCAUCACGGGGAUUGUGCGGAAUCCACCGGAGAGGGCGACGAAUUCGACCAAACAAAGAAUGGCUGAGCCGAAGGAAAGGGCGAAAGACACGGAUAAACCCAAGCCCGCAUCGAAGAAUAUGAGUCAGCCAGGUAAAGAGCAAGCUCCCCCUGCUUUUUGUUUCGUGCUGUUCUGUCAGGGGAUCAGCCGAAUACGUACGUUGGUGGAUCGCGUACCAGAACAGCACGCGCUUUUCAUGCAUGGGGGAAUACGGUCCUUGCGCAUCGCUGCGCCUCUCUUACGACUUCGCGGCGGUUGCGCUACUCUACCGAACCAGUUCGUGGUUAUCUCCUGUGAGAGUAAUUCCACUGGGAUCGGUUGCGCGUGA